CUCACGCUGUCUUGACUAGCGGGGAGAAGAGAAGAAAGGAAAAAAGGGAAAGCAUAGUGAAAGCGGCCAAUUGCGAGUAACUGGGAUCACGGCGCCCAACAGCCAACCAAGCGGCCCGCGAGAGGGUAAUAAGGAAACCUGGUGGGCUGUAGUCGGCGAGGAACCAAUGCACGCGAAGGGGAGGCGUGUCUUAGCUCUUCCCUAAGACCUCCCAGAGCAGGUUGUUGCGUUUUGGCUCUAAAGCUCAAAGAUCUCCGAAGUGCUUGUCAGUUUUCUAAGUCGGAGCCAUGGCGACAACAGCUCAGUAUAUUCCGCGGAAUAACUCAUUGCCUUCGAACCCACUGAUGCAUCCGGAUUCGGACAGGAUGCACCAGGGGACAACUUACAGAGAGGUGCAGAAAAUGAUGCACCACGAGUACUUACAAGGGCUAGCGACCAACACGGGACAUCCGAUGAGCCUAACGCACCAUCAGUGGCUGCCAACCUCCAAUACCGACUGGACCAGCGGCACCCACAUCGGGCAACCGGAGCACAACAAAGCCAGCGUUCAGAGCAGAGAGGACCUGGGGAACGGCUAUCACAGAUCGCAUCUGGUCCACCAGCCAACGCAAAACAGCCACCAUGGAUCAUGGGCACCGACGACGACGCACCACUUAUCCCCACUUUCUCCCGCCACAAACGGUCACCAGUCGCUGGUCUAUUCUCAAACAGGCUACACCAUGUUAAGCCCCCAGCCUUCGCUGCACCACGGUUUGCGAGACCCGCUCCACGACGACGCGGGUAGCCAUGACAACCAGAUGGAGUCUCCUCAGCAGCCGUUCAGCCACCACCAGGACCACUCGGACGAAGACGCUCCCAGCUCCGACGACCUGGAGCAAUUCGCCAAACAGUUCAAACAGAGGCGCAUCAAACUUGGUUUUACGCAGGCGGACGUGGGCUUAGCGCUGGGCACCCUUUACGGAAACGUCUUUUCCCAGACCACCAUCUGUAGAUUUGAGGCUCUCCAACUCAGUUUCAAGAACAUGUGUAAACUUAAACCUCUGCUUAACAAAUGGCUCGAGGAGACAGAUUCAAACACUGGCAGUCCCACGAAUUUGGACAAGAUUGCAGCACAGGGACGGAAACGAAAGAAGAGGACAUCCAUCGAAGUGGGAGUCAAAGGGGCAUUGGAAAACCAUUUCUUAAAGUGCCCCAAGCCGUCUGCCCACGAAAUCACAAGCUUAGCUGGCAGCCUGCAGUUGGAAAAAGAGGUUGUGCGUGUAUGGUUUUGCAACAGAAGACAGAAAGAGAAAAGAAUGACGCCCGUGGGGGUCCCUCACCCGAGCAUGGAGGACGUAUACUCACAAGCAGAGACACCCCCUCUUCAUCACACACUACAGAGUCCUGUCCAGUGACUGAUAACAUAAACAGUGUCAUUGCUUGAUAAAGAAAUUAGGAUGAGGACAAUGGAUUUUGUUUAUCAACCUUUGUUAUCCCAAGAGACCAGAGACAGAAAGUUUGGGAAGAGUUCGCUGACAGUGACCGGAGAAGCAGUCAUGGGACGCCAAUAAAUCUGAAUAACAUGAAAAUGCAUUCAUUGCUGGGUUAGCUUCAUGUGCAUUAUGAAACCAUUACACACGUUUACGAAAAUGUUAUCAUUUGUGCCAUUCUGGAAAAAACGAUAGAUUAUUCGCGCUGAUCAGAGGAAGCUAUAAGACACAAAAGGGCCAUGUCUCUUUGGUUUCCCAGGAUGGGUUCGCCCGUCUUGCUGUUUGUCUAAAGUAAAUCAACAAAGGAGAGUGGACAGUGAUUUUAUGAAAGCGAUUAACCAGAUUAAUAAUAACAAUG